UCGUGUAAGUGACAUUGGAGUGACUGUUAGUUACAGACUGUGACGGAACGACCAGUAAUCCGUCCACUCCACUCCACCUACCCCCCUCACAAGGUCAGGUCGUUCAACACCGACGACUCAGUCGCAUCAGAUCAGUCCUCACAGCCGAGCCGACACACGCAUCGCAUGGGGACCAUUCCCCCACCCAUCUCCAUCCAGAUCCAUCCAUCCAUCCAUCCAUUUGGCUUCAUUGACAGACCCCAUGAUGGCGCCAUUCAUUCAGCUGAUCUGAUUUCAUUGGCCGCCGCUCAUCCCACGGCUGCCCAGCCGCUCGAAGUCGUCAUCAGCGUACACCUCAUCGUCGGUGAGCGGCCCGUCCAGGUUGAGCAGCUUCAGACGACGCUCUUGGUAGUACUCCUUUAGACGCAGACCCUGCACACGCACCACACACAGAGGCACAAUCGUCUGUCUGUCUGUCUGUCAGUGCUGGGGGGGAAGGGGGGCUGACUGACCAGGGCUUCGCUCUCGCACCACUCGAUGGUGGACUGCAGCGCCGCCUUCUCAGACACACGCACCUGACAGACAGAUACAGACGACCACAUAUCUAGCUAUAAGAUGCCCUCUCCUCUGUCUGUGGGUCUUUCGUGGUUAUUCCCGUGUGUGUGUCAUCCAUCAUCCCCCCCACUACACUUACCCUGGCCAUGAGUUUCUGCCGUUCAGACGCCUCCGGGCUGCUGCCCGCGAGAAUCCGCCGGUCGGUCUCGUCAUCGGAUGUGAAGCUCGUCAGCAAGCGCACACACUCGUCCUCCAACACCUGCAGACAGACAGACAGACCCCCAUCCAUUGGACACACAGCUGCGUGUCGGUGUGUGUGUGUGUGUGCAGCAUGCCUUGAGAGCGUCGCCUUCGUUUGCAGGGCUGAAUGGCAGGCUCAUGUGGUACCACACCUCGCCGCGAAACAGCGGCUCCAGGAUGAAGGCAUCCUACACACACACACACAGACCCAUCAGCACGCCGCAUGGUCAAUCGGUCACUCACGCGGCCACACACACACACACAGAGACAGAGAGAGAUGCUGACCUUUUGUCCGAUCUCCCUUAGCCUGAGGAACUGUAAGAGCGUUGGGUCGGGGUCUUUGUCGGCCUGGAGGUCCCACACCUGGCUGAGCGUCCUGAACUCGUUGUUGACCAGGAUGUCCUCCUUGUCGUCGAAGAAACUGUCGGCCUCCCUUAUCGACAUCUCGAUCUGAGGGACAAUACAAUACACGGACCAACCCACCACACACACAGGCAGACAGACAGACAGACAUAACUCUCCCACACAUCACGCCUUUCCUUUGCCCACCACCCACCCCACCGACCUCGCAGCUGCUGGGUGCGUAUUCCGGGAUGAAGCCGAACAUCUGCAAGAACUCGACAGCGCUCCUCUCCGGCCCAUAGCUGACGCGGAACUCAUCGCCAACGGCGUAGUCACGGUCGGCACGCAGACGCACACCACGGCUGCUGCCCAAGAAACCCAUCGCUGCGCGAAACGCAACACACACACACACACACACACACACAGCAAAGCAUCAGCAACCAGCAACCGCCCGACUCACGUGCGCCAUCAGGCUCGACAUUGGCAGCAGGGUCGUGGUUGACGAAGUCCACCAGCGGGGUCAUCCUCAACCGAGAGUCCACAAAGAAGGACCGCGACGUCACAACGGCCAUGGCCCACUGGUAGUUCUCCAGCGUGAAAGUGGCCGGAUCGAACACAUUCGGGUGCUUCUCCAUCACCCGCCGCUGCAGCCGCAUAAACUCGAGGCUCCUCUCCUCCAGCCACGUGCUGAUCGCCUUGGUGGUCGACCGCGCAAGCUCCGCUCUCUCCCCGUCUGACCACAAGAUGGGAUUGUUCAGCUCGUCUUUGGUGGGCAGCACCGCCAGCCACGGAGCGAUCUCAGACGCAUCGCCUUUGCUUUUCUCGUACAAGAGGUAGAGGGCGAGCAUGGCCAUCUCGCUGUUGUCGCUCAUGGCGCCCUCGAGGUGCUCGCGCAUUGGCGUCUGCGUGGCGGACUCCUUGGUGAUUGACAGACUCAUUGGGACAGAAGCGGCCGCCUCGCCGCGCUUGAUGGGCUUGGUGCAGAUAAGGCCCAGCCCGGCGACGUCGCUCGGCUUCACGUCGACACUGACGCUGUCUGACUUGACGCCCUUGUUGGCCAGCCACUGCUUGAAGCUGUCAAGAGCAGCUGCUCGCGAUGAGGACACAGACAUGGACACGGUGGGCGUCAGCCUUCUUGGUUGCUGCAUAAUGCUAGAGGGCCGUAUCGGCGCGUGGUGGUGCCUCCUGGAUGUGAGCAGCAGAUGGGUAACAAAGGCGGUUCCCAUUGCUGCAGCCGACGCCAUGAGGUGAUAAGCCAGUAGGGAGACCGCAUAAGCCCAGAUGGUCCGGAAGCGCCGGAGUGGCUUCAGAAGCAUCGUCGCUCGUAGCAACUAGAUCACGUCAGCGACGGGGUUGCAUCUUGGUCAAGAUCUGCCAAAAUCUGCAAUCACUGGCUUCACAAUUCGCCUUCUGCUCACUGUGCUGCACUCACCAAUGAGUCACUUUCACUUAGAA